UUUUGCCAUUCGCACUGCCGCAGGUCGCCAGAGCUGCCCCACGCGGGUCCACACCGCGCGCGCGGAGCAGCGUUGGACCGACGGACGAGCGGUGGCAGCAACAAGAUGGCCGAGCGCCCCCUGACCGCGCGCAUGGUCCAGAAGCGAGACGACUCCACAAUAACUCUAAAUGUCUACGACGUCGUCGACCACCCCUUCCACUACGCUCUGGGGAAGUGGCUCUCCUGCGGCAUCCACCAUUCCGGGAUUCAAGUGGAUGAACGCGAGUUCGCCUUCACGCUGGAAGGUAUUGUUGUGACGGAGCCGCACAAAAUACCGCGUUGUCGUUUGACUCAUCAAAUAUUGUUGACACGAACUGCGUCUGAUGGUCAGGUAAGGGACGCUUUAUCAGUGUUGCAACGUAAGUUCACGGCGCACAACUACGAUCCCCUGACGAACAACUGCAACCAUUUUAGCGACGCUUUUUGUGAAUUACUUAACGUAAGGAAGGUCCCGGGCUGGGUCAAUCGAGCCCCUUCUCUCGCGGCGGCCGCGGGCACGCGGUUUCGACUGAAACCACCGCGCGUGACGGCGCCGUCCGUCGAGUGGUCGCUUGCUUUGGCGGAGGCGUCUCCAGACAAGACGCCGACGGUUUUACUGACACGCAUCAACGACGACGCGCCCGCCGUGACGUCGGGCGGCCCCGAGACGACGCCCGAGGAGGACGAUGAUCGGUGUAGGAGCCCGAACGAGCCGCGCGUGCCCUCGCCGCGGUCCUUCGCCGCGAUGCCUGCGCCGCCUGCCUGGGCCGCCGCGCUCGCUUCCGACGACGACGACGAGCUUCGCGAGGCGUCGACGAUCACCGCGCCGUGGCGAGACGCUAGUUAAUAAGAGUGUGUGAUUAAUUACGACCUAGGCGACCUGCGAGGGAUGACCGCGCUCGAGCCAAGCGCGCCCCGCGAUAAACACGCGGGCCGCGUAGGAUAGCUCCGUCGCUCGCUCUCCGGCAGGUAGUCCCUGCGCGCCGAGGCCAUGACAUGGGCCCCUUUUGGGCCGGCCUGGCCGCCUAUCAUUUUCUGCCGUUUUUGUAACGUCGAGGCGAAGGCACCCCGGAGCUUCGACGCCGCGUCGCACCG